AGCCCCCGUCUACUCAGGGGUGGUGCUCAGCCGGCGCCAGACAGACCCUCGACUUCGGAGAGGCAGUGCAGUACCUCUGGGAGCAUCCCCCUCGGUUACUUCAGCUGCCCCAGCCUCCUCGGCCGCCUUACCGCCCUCGGGGACGCGAGAGCUCGGUGUAUGCCCCACCCCUGACCCCGCUAGAGACAUGUCCACCCCGGCUCGGCGGCGCCUCAUGAGGGACUUCAAGAGGUUGCAGGAGGAUCCUCCAGCCGGAGUCAGCGGGGCUCCAUCCGAGAACAACAUCAUGGUUUGGAACGCGGUCAUUUUUGGGCCUGAAGGGACCCCGUUUGAGGAUGGAACCUUUAAGCUUACAAUAGAAUUCACUGAAGAAUAUCCGAAUAAGCCACCUACGGUUAGAUUUGUCUCUAAGAUGUUUCAUCCAAAUGUCUAUGCAGAUGGUAGUAUAUGUCUGGACAUACUUCAGAACCGCUGGAGUCCAACAUAUGACGUGUCUUCCAUUUUAACAUCCAUACAGUCUCUUUUGGAUGAACCCAAUCCCAAUAGUCCAGCAAACAGCCAGGCUGCUCAGCUGUACCAGGAGAACAAGCGGGAGUAUGAAAAACGUGUUUCUGCGAUAGUAGAACAGAGCUGGCGUGACUGUUGACCCGGGUGCAGGAAAAGCAGCAGCUGGUCAUAAGAAAAAUAUAUAUUGAUGUGUUUGUCACCUUCCUAUUCAUGUCGUUACAUUUACUUUAUUAAAAGCAAAAUAGCUGUUGUGCUGUUUCCAUCUUCCCUUGCCAGGCUUUUCCUACCCCUUCUACCCUCUCCUUAAACAUCAGAAAACACCCUCUAUGAGAUCAAAUGUACUGUACCUGGGUUACGUGCAAAAAGUCACUAAUGCUUAAUUAAUUCCUCUUCUGUUGUAUCUCAUUUCCAGUUUUAUGGCAGUAUUGUGUUACUGUACUUUACACUAAGCUUUUAAAAUGAAUUGUUUUACAGGUGGUGCUUAUGCAUAGCUUGAUGACCAGAAUGUUAUUUUUAACAGAAUGAAUGAUUACUGAGGCGUUUCACCCUGGCUGGUCCUUCGCUUGUGUUGGAUUUAGAUUUAGAAGUGAAUUUUUGGAAUAUGGCCUAUAGAAAACAGGGAAACAAAUCCAUAUAAACAUCCUUUUUUUUUUUUUUUUUUUUUUUGUGGUACACGGGCCUCUCACUGUUGUGGCCUCUCCCGUUGCGGAGCACAGGCUCCGGACGCGCAGGCUCAGCGGCCACGGCUCACGGGGCCCAGCCGCUCCGCGGCAUGUGGGAUCUUCCGGGAUCUUCCCGGACCGGGGCACGAACGCGUGUCCCCUGCAUCGGCAGGCGGACUCUCAACCACUGCGCCACCAGGGAAGCCCUAAACAUCCAUUUUGAAAGAGCAAUGGAAGCUAAAAAGGCUAUGAUACUAAUACCUAACUAACAUGAAUUGUGUUUUUUACUGGUAGGAAGGAGAACGUUAAAGGGCUCAGCCAAAGGAGUGCAGCAAUCAUGGUAACUGACACUUCCUCUCCUUGCAAGGUGUUCAAUGGACACACCCAAGCUAAGAUUCGGAAUACUGAAGUCUUCUAGAUUUUCACUUUUUAAAGAGGUGUGGGAGCAGAGGAAUGGAAACAAUCAUUAGUUUUUAAGCUAGGGAAGGUUGGAGAUCAUUUAAUCCUUUUAAAGGAGCAGUGCUACCCUAGAUAAACAAAUUUAUAAUCCUCCAUUGUUUUUUUAGAGUUUUAAUUAACCCAAGGAAGGGAACAUGUCUGUGGUUAACUAUUUUCCACUCAAAUCCUCUGUUAAUGCUGCAUGCUUUAGUUUCUUCUUCCCUUUCAGUAUUAUAAGAAACUUACAGUCAAUGUUUGCAAUCUUUCUUUGGAUAUUUAUACUUUUAGAUUGACAGUACCUUUAAGUAGCAGUGUGGGACAAAGCUUGUAAAUGUUUUGUCUGAUGUUCCAUUGUCACCUUUUGUGCAUUUAUCAUCACUCUUCUGAAUUUAACUUUGCACAAGUAACCCAUGUAAAAAAAAUGUACAUUUUUCAAAACUUGUAAAUAAAAAUAACCUUAA